CAGACGGCUGUGUGAGUCACCAUGUGGUUGCUGGGAAUUGAAGUCGGGACCUCUGGAAGAGCAGUCAGUGCUCUUAACCUCUGAGCCAUCUCUCCAGCCCUGGUCUUCAUUUCUUCGGUUUUUGUUUUGGUUUGGGGGGAUUGUUUUCAUUUUUGUUUUUGUUUUUGAGACAGGGUUUCUCUGUAUAGCCCUGGCUGUCCUGAAACUCACUCUGUAGAACACGCUGGCCUCGAACUCAGAAAUCCACCUACCUCUGCCUCCCAACUGCUGGGAUAAAAAGUGUGUGCCACUACCGCCUGGCAAAACAAAAAUUAUUAAGGGAGAGAUUUGGAGGUAGGGGCAGCAGGUGGUCUUUAAAAUAAACAGGCGGCUCGGGUUCCCGGAUCCGCUUACGCCCCGCUCCGCUGCCGCGGGCCUCAGGCGGGAGGCUCAGGACGCGGCGGACCUCGCGCGCCAUGGACAGUGCUGCGCCCCGCGAGCCCGGGGCCACCGAGCCCCUCACCCGUGCGCGCCCGCGCCUAGUGUUCCGCACGCAGCUGGCGCAUGGCAGCCCGACCGGCAGGAUCGAGGGCUUCACCAAUGUCCGCGAACUCUACGCCAAGAUCGCCGAGGCCUUCGGCAUCGCGCCUACCGAGAUCCUAUUCUGCACCCUCAACAGUCACAAAGUGGACAUGCAGAAGUUGCUGGGGGGACAGAUUGGGCUGGAAGACUUCAUCUUUGCACACGUGCGUGGAGAGACCAAAGAAGUGGAGGUCACCAAAACGGAGGACGCCCUAGGACUGACCAUCACAGACAACGGGGCCGGAUACGCCUUCAUCAAGAGAAUCAAAGAAGGCAGCAUUAUCAACAGGAUUGAGGCAGUGUGUGUGGGGGAUAGCAUCGAGGCCAUCAAUGACCACUCUAUUGUGGGUUGCCGGCACUACGAGGUGGCCAAAAUGCUACGGGAGCUGCCGAAGUCUCAGCCCUUCACCCUGCGUCUGGUGCAGCCCCGGAGAGCCUUCGAUAUGAUUGGCCAGAGGAGCAAGAGCAGCAAGUGUCCCAUGGAAGCUAAAGUGAGCAGCGGGAGGGAGACCCUGCGCCUGCGUUCGGGGGGCGCUGCCACUGUGGAGGAGGCGCCCAGCGAUGUGGAAGCGGCAGCAGCGCGCAGGGUGGACGACCUGCUGGAGAGCUACAUGGGCAUCCGAGACCCCGAGCUGGGUAAGCGGCGCGGCAGCCGCGGUGGUGGAGACUGCUCGGAGCUCGGCAGGAGCCCAGGCCUUUGCACGCGGCCUGGACGCCGUUCUGGGCGAGUUCGCCUUUCCAGACGAGUUCGUGGUGGAGGUGUGGGCAGCCAUCGGCGAGGCCCACGACGCUUGUGGCUAGCGUGUGUGGGAGUCUCCAGUCCUGGGCCCAGCCCCCUGCCCCAGCGCCACUCUAGAACCCAGGACAGCCCUGAGACACGGCCCGCCACCAGAACCCAACCCAGUUCUGAGACCCAGGCCCACCCUGAGGCUCAGCUUGGUUCUAGCACCCAGUUCAGCUCUAAGACCCAGUCAGAAUCCCAUCCCAGUUCUGGAACUCAAGUUAGCCCCGAGGCCCAUUCCGGCUCCAGAACCAACAUUGAAGUCCAGCCUAGCUCUAGAACCCGACCCAGUUCUUUGACCCAGGACCACCCUGAGGCCCAGUGUGGUUCUAGCACCCAGUCAGAAUCCCACCUUAAUUCUGGAACCCAGGUUAACCCCAAGGCCAGGUCCUGCUCUAGAACCAAAAGUGAUGUCCUGCACAGCUCUAUAACCCAAUCCAGUUCUGUGAUCCAGACCCAUCCCAAGGCCCAGCCUGAUUCUAGCACCCAGCUCAGCUCUGAGACCCAGCUGGAAUCCCUGGUCAGGCCUGAACUCCAGUUCUGCUCUAAAACCAAAAUUGAAGCCCAGGGCAGCUCUGGAACCCAGCCCAGCUCUGUGACCCAGGCCCACCCCAAGGCCCAACUUGGCUCUGUAACCCUGGUUGUCUCUGAAGUCCAGCCAGCCUUUGGAUCCCAGCCUAGUCCUGGGGUAUGGUCUGACUCCAUCACACAGCUAGGCCCUGAGGCUCAGGCUGUCUCUGGAACCCAAAGCAGCCCCAGGUCUGAGGCUUGUUCUAGAACUCAUCUUGAGUCUGACUGCCAACCCAUCCCUAGAACCCAGGCUGGCUCUGAGGUCCAGCCAGGCUUUGAGGCCACACCCCAUUCUGGAGCCUGGGGGAAUUCUGAAGCCCAGGCCCAACAUAGAACCCAAGCCAGCCCUCAGGUCAACUUCUGCCCAGAGACCAAGUCCACUUUUAGAACACAGUCAGGCUCCGAGGUUGGGCUUGGUUCUAGAACACAGACUCACCCAGAUAGGAAGCCAUGUUCUAGAAUCCAGCUAGACACUGGAACCCACCCUGAUGCUGCAGCCCAGGUCAUGGCUGACCCUCAGCCUUCCAGAAUGCAGCCAAGCACUGUCCUACAGCCACACUCUGGAACCAAGACAAAUGUUAGGAUGCACUUGGGCUCAGAGCACCAUGCCAGCUGCCAGGCUCAGAAGCCGGGUUCUGAGAGCCGGCCCGAGUAUGAGACAGCUGCCACCAUGACUGAUACUUGGAGUGGUUCAGGAGGAACGGCUAGCUUGGGACCCCAAGCAAGGUCCAGCAAGCCACUGACUGACAGAACCCAAGCAGGCUCCAGUAGCCAGCCAUCUUCCUCAGCUCUGCCUAGUGCAGGCACCCAGAGCCACACUGCUGCCGGGUCCAAACUCAAGCCUCAGCCCUGCUCUCCAGCAUGGCUGCCUGCCAGCGCCUCCCAAUGCCCUGCUCCCCAAGCUAUCCCCGGUGAUGAGUCCGACUCUGAGGCCCAGCCAAGGGGCAGGAGCAGAACGGCUCUGAGAGCAGAGCCCCAUUCCCAAAUGCCAUGCACUCCCGAAACGAGGCCCAGAUCCGGGAUGUCUCCAGGCACCAACCCCACCCCACCCAGAAGAUUGUGUGAGGGCUCCAGGGCACAGUUGGACUCUGGGACCCAGACCGACUUCCAGGCCGGGCUUAGCUCCGGAGCCCACGCAGGUUGGGCUAGACAUCGAAGGUCCCAGCUACCAUCACUGGCAGAGAAGGAGCGCAGCUCCAGGUCCCUAUCUAGUUCUGGAGGCAGAACACAGCACCUGGUGACAGCUGGAGUCAGCUGUGUCCCCCAGCAGGACACAGGACAAUGGCUUGGCUCUGCAGCCCAUGUGGCCUCGAGAACUCAAUUCAGUCCUCAGGUUCCAUCACGGACUGGAACCCAGCUGAGCGCUGUGAAGGAUUCCAGUUCCAGAACCCGGCCAGGCCCCAGCCCCAGCCCCAGACCUGGAGCAUGCCCCCUCAGCUCUAGAGACAGUCGCUGCCCACAGACCCCUGGCCUUGAGCCUAUAAAGGAGCCUGAGCCCCUGGCUGGACCUCAGUCUCCAAGUCCACUGACCCUCAGAGUCUCCACCCCUGCCCCCAGCAAGGUCACUGGGCCUUGGCCUCAGGACGGAACUCAGGCCACUCCGGGGCCCCAGGCCAGGCACCCCACCCUCCUGGGUCCUGAGUCACCAGUCCCAGACACCCCCCAGAAGCCAGCCCUUUUCCCCAAGCCCCAGCUGGGAUACCAGAAGCCCAGCCCCACCCCCAUAUAUGUCACUCCUAGCUCCUCCCCUGGGUCUGGGUCCUUCCCCCACUCCAGUCUGUGACCUGCCAUCCCAGCAGGAAUAUAGGAUGGUAGAAACUGAGGCUCUGGUUUCAGGAGUCUGGCUGGGAAUCCCAAAGCCCCUCUAAGAGAAUCCAGCCACAGAAGACACAGGUUGGGAAGCUCUUGGAAACCUUGGUGGGGAAUAAAGGAGCCGGCAUCUCCACAGCU